AUGUGGUCAGCAUGGGUGAUGAUGCUGGGCGUUCUCGUGAUGCCUGGCCACGCAGCCCAGGGAAUACCUGAAGAGAAUGAUGGCCAGUGCCUUCUAUCCAGGAAGCGGGUGAGUCGACCUCCGCUGAAGGACAUGCUAGCAGGCUCAGUCACCUCAGGUUCCCGCAAGCAUGCAGCUGUGCUCCAGCAACAUGCAGCGAAAGCCUCGGACCCACUGGAUCAUAUUGCGUGGGAUCAACAACUCCGUGAUUACAAGAUGGUGGCUGAUGACGUUGCGCCUGCGGUUUCAACGGAUCGGUGCCCACUUCAAAGGAUUGACGCUCAGAAGGCCUCUAAAGCCGAGGUGAAGCAUCUAGACAAGCCUGUCAUUUUCACGAAUGUCUUUGACCCAGAAGAGGACUGGCCCUCGGACCUUUCGAAGGAGGAGCUCAUGGAUCGCUAUGGGGAUGUGGAGCUUUACGAUGGAGCUUUCGACCACCUCGGAGCUGGCUCCUUCCUCCGAGAUCACGUUGGGGAUGUCCAGACGGUGGAAGACGCCACGAAGGCAAAGCAGCCCGGGAACCUGAUUUUCUUUGAAGAUGAGGUAAGCAACAAGAUGGUCACCAAGAUCUUGGAUUUCGUCAAGAGCAAAAUUCCGGAAGAGUCACGUGAUGUGGUCUUGCCUGAG